GUUCAACGCGUCUGACUUGCAGGCCUCUCUCUCUCUCUCAAAACUUCAUUUCAUUGGCAGAUACAGAAAUAAAAAAGCAAAUUUUAAUCCAAACCCAGAAAAACCUUUGAACACUUCAUCCAUGGAGAUCAACUCAAGCUCCAGAAAGCUGCUUCCUUUGUUGAUUAUCACUACUGUGUUCGUCUUCUUCCUCUGCUAUUCUCCUGCGAUGGCGGCUGAUGAAGACGAUAUAAGAUGCUUACAAGGACUCAAGAGCUCUCUUACCGAUCCUCAGAACGCGCUGAAAUCAUGGAACUUUGCAAACUCUACUAUCGGAUUUCUCUGUAAUUUCGUGGGUGUGUCUUGUUGGAACAAUCAAGAGAAUAGGGUUAUCAAUUUGGAGCUUCGAGACAUGGGUUUGUCUGGUCGAAUCCCAGAAUCUCUACAAUUCUGUGGGAGCUUACAGAAACUGGAUCUCUCUAGCAAUCGAAUAUCUGGUAAUAUCCCAACACAGCUGUGUAGCUGGUUGCCGUUUUUGGUAUCUCUUGAUUUGUCGAAUAAUGAGCUCAACGGUGAGAUUCCUCCUGAUUUAGCAAAGUGUAGCUUCGUGAACUCUAUAGUUUUGUCUGAUAACCGGUUAUCUGGUCAAAUCCCGGUUCAGUUCUCGGCUUUGGCUAGAUUGGCCAAGUUCUCUGUCUCUAACAAUGAACUAACAGGUCGCAUUCCAUCUUUCUUUGACUCGCCGAAUUACUCCUCCGAUGAUUUCAUUGGGAAUAGAGGUCUUUGUGGUCCUCCUCUAUCUUCGUCUUGUGGAGGGUUAAGCAAGAAGAAUCUCGCGAUCAUAAUUGCAGCUGGUGUGUUUGGUGCUGCUGCAUCGAUGUUGUUGGCUUUUGGGAUUUGGUGGUAUUACCAUUUGAAGUGGACAAGAAGAAGAAGAAGAAGCAAUGUAACUGAAGGAGGAGUUAGUCGCUUGGCGCAGAGACUUCGUAGCCAUAAGCUUGCUCAGGUCUCUUUGUUUCAAAAGCCUUUGGUUAAGGUUAAACUUGGGGAUUUAAUGGCUGCAACAAACAACUUCAGCUCCGAGAACAUUAUUGUUUCCACUAGAACAGGAACAACGUAUAAGGCGUUUCUUCCUGAUGGCUCAGCUCUUGCGGUGAAGCAUUUGAGCACGUGUAAGCUCGGGGAGAGGGAGUUUCGUUAUGAGAUGAAUCAGUUGUGGGAGCUUCGUCACCCUAACUUAGCUCCACUUCUUGGAUUCUGCGUUGUGGAAGAAGAGAAGCUUCUUGUUUACAAAUACAUGUCUAACGGGACACUGCACAGGUUGCUGGAUUCAAACGCGGUUGAGUUGGAUUGGUCUACUCGGUUUAGAAUCGGUUUAGGUGCUGCAAGGGGUUUAGCUUGGCUUCACCAUGGUUGCCGCCCUCCGAUACUUCACCAAAACAUUUGUUCAAGUGUGAUUCUGGUCGACGAGGAUUUUGAUGCAAGGAUUAUAGAUUCAGGGCUUGCGAGGAUUAUGGUUCCCUCGGAGAACAACGAGAGCAGUUUCAUGACUGGUGAUUUAGGAGAGUUUGGGUAUGUAGCUCCGGAGUAUUCUACCACAAUGAUAGCUUCACUAAAAGGUGAUGUGUAUGGACUCGGAGUUGUCCUCUUGGAGUUGGCGACAGGGCUAAAAGCUCUUGGUGGUGAAGGUUUUAAAGGGAGUUUGGUUGAUUGGGUGAAACAGCUUGAAAGUUCAGGAAGAAUCGCUGAUGCAUUAGAUGGAGACAUUCGAGGGAAAGGGCAUGAUGAAGAGAUCUUGAAAUUUGUUGAGAUUGGUUGUAACUGUGUGGCUUCAAGGCCUAAAGAGAGAUGGUCAAUGUUUCAGGUAUACCAGUCAUUGAAAGCUAUCGCUGGGAAACAGGGUUAUUCGUUCACAGAACAGGACGAUGACUUUCCUUUGAUUUUCGACACACAAGAGAACGAGGCCGUGUGAAGUAUGAAAUCUUAUGGGAAGCCUGUGAUGGUGAGGAUUUUCAGGAUUAUAUUAUCUUGAGGUAUUAUUUGUGUAUAUCAUCUUGUACUACUUUCUACUGCCAAGUUAGAGAAGAUGCUUUUAUAAAAGAAUUUGUAGACUAUGUUAUUGUAAAAAACAGGAGUGUAUAUGUUAUGCGUCAGAGUUUUUCAAACUGUU